AUAUAAGAAGCUUAAUCAAACUGAUUAAAUCAAAUAUAUAUUCUUGUCAGCACCAGAAUCUGGAUUAAAUUUAGGGAGUUGAGAUUCUAAAAGAAACAUGAAUGAAACAUUCUUUAGGUAGAAAAUACAAAAACUAACUUAGCAUUUGAAGUUGCUUGACAUAUUAAUUAAAGUGGGCACGGUAGCCUUGUGGUCCUAACAUGGUAGGUGUGAAAAGAAAAAAGAAUAAAAUUCAACACAAAUGGUGUGAAGUUCCCUAAAAAGGGAACUAUAAAAUAUAGGUUUAUCUCUCUACUUAUUUUGGAACUCUGAUUUUUGUGCUUUGUGCUGUGCCAUCGAUCUCCUUUCUCUACUCCGUGUCUCCUUUUCUAGUGUAUAAAUUUCAAGUUUGAGAAAGCAAAAGAGAGAGUUUGGAUAGUUGUUGCUAUGGAACUGUGGAAUCUCGUGACCGCACUCUGCGUAGCUCUCUCAUUCAUGUUGGCAUCCUGCGCUUCUGAUCACGUCAAUCUGCAACAACACUAUGGUAUUGGUCAGCAACCUCAGUUAUCACUACCAAGAAAACUCAAACAGCUCCUACAAGUGAAGAGUUCAUCUUACAAAGAUAUUAUGCUGCAGAAGAAGUUGUUGGAAGGUACAGCAGGUGAGAAAAAGAUUGAGAAGGAAGAAGAUGUGAUGAGAGGGACAUGGAGAGAAUGGGUAGAAAGGCCCAACAAAUCAGAAUACUUCACAAUGGAUUAUUCUUGGGUUAGAAGACGACGCCCAAUACACAACAAGCAAAUUCCAUUCGUCCCAUAAAACCUGGAUUUUGCUACCUUGUAUUAUUACUACUACUCUUGUCACGCAAUGUCUAGGAAAAAUAUGUAUACUUAAUUUAAGUAUGUUUAUGUCCAAUUAGUUAGGGAAGGAAAUGAGGAAUGUGCCUUGUCUGGAUAGAUUUUGUGGCCGACACUUUCCAGCAAAGGACACUUACUUUUGUAGCCAAGUUUUUCAUCCCAAAUUUUCACUUCGUUCCAUGUAUAAUUUUUGGUUGUUUCUCUUUGCUUUUCAAUGCAGUCAAAAGGGGUUUCGAGCUUCAAUAUAAAUCUUUGAGAUCUCGAGACAGCAUUUAUAGCAACUCAAGAAUAUUUGUUAUUUCAAAUACGGUAAUGCAAUGCUGUUUAAUGAACAGCCAUAA